CCCCUCCUCUCCUCUGGUAUAAAACCCAGACGUGGUUCUGGGGGUCUCAGAUCCGGCCCCGGCCUGCAGCAGCUCAGAUCUUCUCUCAGACUCAGUUUCUUCCAGCAGUUUGGUURCCGCAGUGCGACAACAUGAGGGUCUUCUUGUCUCUGCUGGGAUGUUUGGCAGCUCUGGCUGCAGAUGCUAAGGAGUUAUCCAUCACCACCAUACAGGACGAGCCGUACGUCAUGACCAAGGACUCCAAGCAGGAGGGCUACUGCAUCGACCUGAUCUCGGCGCUCUCCAAGAAGCUGGGCUUCAGGUACAAGGUGCACGUGGUGAAGGACGGCCGAUACGGCGCCAUGGACGCCAGCGGCAACUGGAACGGUAUGAUCGGCGAGGUCAUCAGAGGGGAAGCGGACCUGGCCGUGGCCCCGCUCACCAUCACCGCCCUCAGGGAGCAGGUGGUGGACAUGACCACGCCCUUCAUCCAGACCGGCCUCAGCUUCGUGCUGCGUAAAAGCGCCGUCUCUGAGGAGAGCAGCUUCAGCGUCCUGUCGCCGUUCUCCACCGACGUGUGGAUCGGCGUGCUCAUCGCGUUCCUGCUGACCGGGCUCUGCAUCUUCCUGGUGGGCAGGAUCAGCCCGACUGAAUGGUCCGAACCAGAGAAGGACGAGCACAACUUCACGUUGCUGCACAGCUUCUGGUACAUCACCGGAGCUCUCACCCUGCAAGGUGCCGGUCCUCAUCCUAAAGCUCUGUCCGGACGGGUCAUCAGCGCCAUCUGGUGGAURUUUGCGGUGCUGCUGCUCGCCUGCUACUUCUCCAGCUUCCACUCRGUGCUGCACUCGGAGCACAAACACAUGUCCAUCUCCAGCUUCGAGGACCUGGCCAACCAGGACGUGAUCGACUACGGCACGGUCCAGUCCGGCUCCACCAUGAUGUUCUUCAAGAACUCCGACAACCCCGUGUACCGGCGGCUCUACCAGCACAUGGAGCGCAAGAAGAGCUUCGUGUCCUCCAUGUCCGAGGGCGUCCGGCGGGUCCAGGAGGGGAACUUCGCCUUCAUCGGUGAAGCCGUGUCCCUGGACCUGGUGGCGGCUCGUUACUGCGACCUGACCCGCGCCCCCGAGAUCAUCGCCAUGAGAUCCUACAGCAUCGCUGCGCCGCUGGGGUCCCCGCUGGUGAAGAACCUGUCCAUCGCCAUCCUGCAGCUGAGCGAGGCGGGCGAGCUGACCCACCUGAGGGACAAGUGGUGGGCCAGCAGCUGCGUGGGCGCCGGCGAGGCCCACGCCUCCGAGGCGCUGAAGCCCCACGACCUGCGGGCUCUCUUCCUGCUCCUGGGUCUGGGUCUGGGCGUGGGGCUGCUGCUGGCCUUGUUGGAGCUCCUGGCCCGGGCCCGGACCCGAGCCAAGGCUGGGAAGAAGUCCUGCUGCUCGGUCCUGACGGCGGAGCUGAGCCGGCGCUUCGGCAGCGGGGGGGAGGACUCGGAACCGGAGAGCUCCGACAAAAACAAAGCGUGAAGCGAAACGUGACGUCGGCGCCGGCUCCUGUUUUUAUUUUUUUCAUCUUUUAUACGUUUGUAGAAAAGCUCGAGGAGUAAAUUAGCUGAAAGGUUAGAAACUAAAGUUUGUUGUUCAGGCGACUAACAGAAACACUUCCUGUUCAGCUGCUUCACUUUAGACUUUUAUGUUUUUGUUUCAGCAAACGUUUCUAAUAAAAGCUUCAAUGUUUGAAACCUUUUUAA